GAAAGUGAUGACAGGUUUAGACUUAACUUUGCCAUUGAAAGAUACAAAAGAGGCUAUCAAUAUGAUGUAGCUUUUACUAUUUUCGAAAGUCUAAGGAAAGAAGAAUAUUAUUCGAACUCUAACGAUGAAAAUAAAGCUCAUGCUUUAGACAUCACAAAUCAUUUACAUGAUAGUAAAGAUGCUUGGGACAUUUAUCAAGAACUGAUUGAAGAUGAUGAG